UCAACACAAAAUCAGCCGAUCCGUUCUGCAGUCAGAUCAAUAAAAUUUUAUUCCGGAAUUAUUUAUUGAAAAUUGUUAAGUUUAAUCAAAUAAACCAACCAAAAUGAUGCGAAAAGUGCUUUUCGCAAUACUGUGCAAUCUAGUUUUGGUUUUGCAUGCGACCCACCUCGAGUACGAUGGAUGGCUCAACAUCGAGCUUUACCACGCGCUGGACGUCCACGAACCGCAAAAGUUCACCAGCCGGGGCAACGUUACCAUCACCAGUCUGAACAGCGGUGCAUCGUCGGUUUCGCAAGAACCGCUAACGGUGCACGAGCGAAAUCAGCUCCGCAAACUGGCGGAAGAGAAUCGAUUGUAUCGGCUGGAAGCUCACGUUCUGGAAGCCGACGGGACUCGGUCCAAGUUUAUGACCUCUUCCAAGGCGUGUGCACUGGCCAAAUCCCAGCUGGCGGACGUCCUGUGGGUUUCGUUGGAUCAUGCCGGGUCGGUGACGGCCAUCACGCAGUCGGUCAAUAACGGAAAUACGGACAAUUGUCGGGAUUUGACCGCUCGGGACUUCGAGGCGUUGGACGAAUUCAACACCGAUGUGUAUGUGAAACCGAUGGAAAGUGCCCCGAUUCCGGAUACGGCCAGCUUCAUUCAGAAGCUGGAACGGGAACGGGAAGCUCGAGAGCGUGGUGAAACCAAGGAUAACCGAGGUUUCUUCGCUAAAUAUUGGAUGUACAUCGUUCCGGUUGCAAUUCUGGUUCUCAUUUCCGGAGCCACUAACCCGGAAGCCGCGGGUGGACAACGUUAAGACAAAGAAUACACAUUUCAUCAAGUUUUAUUUAUUAGUAGCAGUUCUCUUUCCAUCUAAUAAAACCUAGUUCGCUACAAUAACAUACAA